GCAGCGCUAAUUUUAGCUCAGCCUUGGCGGAAUCACUAUUUUUAUGCUUUCCACUAAUCUCAUUCUUUUCAAAUUCAUCUCCUCCUUGAGAAAGAAAGAGAGAGAGGGAGAAACGCCAUGCCUUCUCCUCGUGGAGAAGAAACACAACCCAAAAGGGAGACAACGGGUCAAGCCUCCUCCGGACAUGGAACCCACCGACCACUGGCUCCGCCGCAUCCACAACCGCCGGAAAACCUCCCUCCGCCGUAUCCUCCGGUGAUGGGCUAUCCGGGUAACCCAAAUUAUCCAAACGGACCCUACAACAGCCAUUACGUAUCUUACGCUCAAGCCCCACCUGCAUCAUAUUACCCGACCCAACAACAGUUUCCGGGUCACCGGAGCCCCGACUCGGUGUCCGCUGGAUUCUUCCGAGGGAUCAUCACCGGACUGAUAAUCCUCGUGAUCAUCCUCUGCCUUUCCACCGUCGCGACCUGGCUCAUUCUCCGACCCCAAAUCCCGAUCUUCGCCGUGACCCAUUUCUCCGUAUCGGGUUUCAACGGGACCCGACCCGAUUUCUUCACCGCCCAGUGGACGGCGAAUCUCACGGUGGAGAAUCCUAACGCGAAGCUGAAAGCGUACUUCAACCGGAUCCAAGGGUUCAUAUACCACCAAAACUCCAUCGGAGAGGACGAGUUGUUAACCACUGGGUUCUUCACGCCUGUGUACGUGGAGACAAAGAAGACGGCGGCGAUCGGAGAGAGGUUUUCGGCGGAGAAGGCGGCGGAGAAAGGGGAGCAGCCGGCGGUUCCGGGAUGGGUGGCGGAGGAGAUGAGGAAAGAGAAGGAGAGCAAUGGAACGGUGUCGUUUAGCUUAAGGAUGUUUGUUUUGGUGACGUUCAAAGCGGAAGGUUGGUCGGCGAGAGAGAGAGGGCUUAAGGUGUUAUGCGAGAAGUUGAAGGUUGGGUUUGAAGGUGGUGGGUUUGGAAACGGCGCCGUUUUGUUGCCUAAGCCUUCGCCUUGUUUGGUUUACAUUUGAUGUUUGACAAAAAUAUAAUUUGUGGGGAAAAAAACAUUUUUGUGUAUUUCGAGGUAUUUUUAUAUUAGAUUUUUAAAUU